AUGAAAAUUGCACAGUGGAAGGCUGGUAUUGUACCUGUCAUGUUCCGCAGAGUGCCAUGUGUUAGGAGAGGCGGCCUUCGAUUCACCUUCCAAGGAAACGGCUACUGGCUGCUCGUGUACGUGAUGAACGUGGCUGGGGGCGGAGAUAUCGCACAAAUGUGGGUUAAGGGAAGCAAGACAGGGUGGAUAAGCAUGAGCCACAACUGGGGGGCUUCAUAUCAGGCAUUUGCAACUCUUGGAGGCCAAGCCCUUUCUUUCAAGUUAACUUCAUACACAUCCCAUGAGACUAUUAUUGCAUGGAAUGUUGCCCCUUCCAAUUGGCAAGUAGGGUUGACUUAUAGUGGUAAUGUCAACUUUCAUUGAGAUAUAUGUAUGUAAUGCAAGAAUAUAAUCCCUUUCUUUCCCUCUCUUUCUUUGCAUUUAAGCCAAAAGGGUAGCGCUUCAAACCAUUUUUUACUUA